AUCUAUUUCAACCAAACCAACCCACAUCACUUGCGACGGUAUUCUAGCUCCAUCUUGUGAACCCACACUUCUAUUUUGGCACCACCCCCUUCCACUCUCAAAAAAGAUAAAUUGGGAUUAAAACUUCUGAAAAAUAUAUCAUUUAUUUAUUUUCUCUUAGUUGGAAGAGGAGCAUGUGAAGGGAUGAAGAUAAUAAUAAAUGCCAAUAAGUCAAAUUUGUUUGGACAACAAGUCAAACCCUCUCUUCCCCCAUAAAUAUGGGCCAUUUUUAGGAAAACACACAACCCUUUUCCCAUCAUAUCCAUUUCAUACGCAACACAACUCUACCCAUGCCGGAGAUUGACGGAGGAGCUACGGCGGUGACGAUGGCUGACGGCCACCAUGUUGUGACCCUCAAUACAGAAGAUCAAACUCACACAACUACUAGUUGUUUUCCGUCUGUUUCUUUUCUUCAAAAGUUGAUAGCGGAGGUUCUUGGAACAUAUUUCGUGAUAUUCGCUGGGUGCGCGGCUGUGGUGGUGAAUACCGACAAGGAUAAAGUGAUCGGUCUGCCUGGAAUAUCCAUUGUGUGGGGGUUGGUGGUGAUGGUCAUGGUUUACUCCGUUGGACAUAUCUCUGGUGCCCAUUUCAACCCUGCCGUUACCAUUGCUUUUGCCUCUUGCAAUAGGUUCCCUGUUAAACAGGUACCUGCAUACGUGGCAGCUCAAGUCCUGGGGUCAACGCUUGCCAGUGGGACCCUCCGUUUAAUAUUUAACGGCCGUCAAGAUCAUUUCGCCGGAACUCUUCCCGCCGGUUCCGAUCUCCAGUCUUUGGUUCUUGAGUUUAUCAUCACAUUCUACCUCAUGUUCGUCAUCUCCGGCGUUGCCACCGAUAACCGAGCCAUCGGAGAAUUGGCCGGACUUGCGGUCGGAGCAACGGUUCUACUCAAUGUCAUGUUUGCAGGGCCGAUAUCAGGGGCGUCAAUGAAUCCGGCAAGGAGUUUGGGACCAGCCAUUGUGUCAAAGGAAUACAGGGGGAUAUGGGUUUACAUGUUGGGUCCGACCGCUGGUGCCAUUUCUGGAGCGUGGGUCUACAACAUCAUAAGGUUCACGGAUAAGCCUUUGCGCGAAAUCACCAAGAGUGCAUCUUUUCUUCGGUAUGCUAGCAGUCGUAAGUCGUAACGAAUAUAAAUGGUGAUUUUGUAUGCUACUACUUGGAUGCAUAUGUAUUUGUGCUUUGGUUCAAGCGUUUGGCUUAUGUGUACAAAUAUUUAUGCAUGGAUUAUGAUUUUAUAUGGAUGUGUUGUUAUAAGUAGAUUUAAUGUUGUUAUAAGGAAA